CAUGCAAUUGUAAUGUCAGCCAUAUCAAGCAUUCUAUUGAUAUCAUCAACACAUGAACAAUGUAUGUGCGGAUUGUUACAUUCGAAUUGAUUUUUUUGCGUUUCACGAAACCGUGACGAGAAGGAAAUUCCGAUACCAUUCUGUGCUUUUUCUAAACUAAAGUAUCUCGCCGUGGAUCUGGCAGUAUUUGGAAUAAUGUGUUUCCCCUAGCGUUGAUUCCGCUUCAACGAUUUAAUAGGGGAUUUUCGAUAUGUAUUUGACAUGAUCUAUUCGCCAAUCACCAACGUAAAUCGAAAAUGCUGAAUAUUUGAUAAAUAGGCCUAUCUUUGGACCUGUCGAAGUAUUGACGAGUCAGUCAAUAAGUAUAUAGCAACCGAUAAGUCAAUGAGAUAAUUUGAUGUGGGGAAACUGUCUUUAAAAGUCGUCUGGAAACUUUUUUAAAUACACAGAUGUCGUAAACCGAAUUGAUUUUUCUCAGCUGACGAGCACUUUUUGAUAGCCAACAAUUUCUGGGAUUGUUUAAGUGACGUUUAAGUGAUUUUCAGGGACUUUGAUAUUGGGCGUUGAGUCGAUAGUCCGCGGCCAGUAUGGGGAAAUCAUCCUCAAAACACGCAGUGGGGAAAUCGUCAAAAAAGAAACAUGCCAGUGAAAAUAAGGUCAGUGCUCAAAAAUCACCCGAGGAUCAUUCACCAACUGCGAAUACGUCAGCCGAACCACCACAAGCAGAAACACCACAAACCAACCACGGAGCCUCACAGGCUGAAGGUGUCCUUGACGAGACAAGGGCCGCCGGCACCGACGUCCACCGCGGCAAUGUAGAACCACAGAAGACCCUCGAAGACCUCGAACCAGCCGUGGUCAUUGACAUCGGAUCGUACUCGUGCAAAUACGGGUUGGCGGGAGAAUCGUAUCCAGCUGGCGAUGUCCGAACCAUCGUCGGGAGGCACCAACAAAAUGAGGAUUCGUACGUUGGCAUUGACGCCCUCAACAAACGAAGUGUCUUAGACAUCAGCUACCCCGUCGAACGCGGGCUCGUAAAGAACUGGGAUGAUCUGGAAACCGUUUGGGAGUUCAUCUUCGAACGCAAACUCCGAGUCGACCCUAACACCAGACCCGUCGUGCUGACCGAGCCGGCUAAGAACCCGAAGGCAAAUCGAGAAAAAAUGAUUGAGAUUAUGUUUGAGAAGUUCGACGUUCCCGCCUUCUAUCUCGGCCAACAAUCAAUGAGCGCCCUCUUCGUUUCGGGAAUCAUGACCGGCGUCGUGAUCGACGUCGGUGACGGCGUCACGGACAUCGUACCCAUCAAUAACGGCGUAGUCAUCGACGGAUCCGUUCGUCGCCUAGAGCUCGCCGGCCGUGACAUCACUGAGUACAUGAUGAAGAGUCCAGCUGUACGCGGGGAGAAAAUCACUUACGAGAUCGCCGAGACGAUGAAGACAAGUACGUGCGAGGUCGUCGCCGACUUCGACGAGGUAACGCGACUCCAACGUGAGGGCCAGGACGUCCACCACCUCUACGCCACGGAGGCUCUCUUCCAACCCUCUAUAUUCGGUCGCAACCACCCGGGCAUCCACGCCGCCACCAUCGACAGCAUCAUGGCCUCCGGGGAGGGAACCCGCGAUAAUGUCGGCGCCAAUGUCGUCCUCGUCGGCGGCUCCACCCUCUUCCGCGGGUUCCACGACCGGCUGGAGCGGGAGCUGAUGGAGCUGGCUCCACCUACGAUGCCACUAAAGCUCCUGGACCGCCAGGAUAGGGAGACCAUCGUCUGGUCGGGAGCGUCCCUCUUCGCGUCCCAUCCCGUCUUCAAACAACAUGCUAUUAGCAGCCAAGAAUACCUCGAGGUCGGCCCAGAGAUCGUUAACCGUCAACGUUGAUUAAGAUGACAAUAGUUAGGCCAGCUCUAGUCUUGUAGAGGGAGAUUUGCAGG